GUAUUCCAAAAAGCGGACCUUAUCAUUUGGGAUGAAUGUACGAUGAGUAAUCAAGCUCAUAUUGAGGCUGUGAAUAGACUCCUUAAAGAUUUAAGAUCAUCGUCAAGACUUAUGGGUGGAGUCACAAUGGUUUUUUCUGGGGAUUUUAGACAGAUAAUGCCAGUGAUUCCCAAGGGUACUCGAGCCGAUAUUAUCAAAUCUUGCGUUAAGUCGUCUUCUAUUUGGCGAUAUGUACAAAAACUUCAACUUAAAAUCAAUAUGAGAGUAAAGCUUACUAACAACACUGAUACUUCUGAGUUCGCGUCUCUACUUCUAAGAAUUGGUGAUGGAAAACAUACUUUCAUGGGUCCAAAUACAAUUGAAUUAAACGAAAGCUUCGGAAAAAUUGUGUAUAGCACAGAACAACUUAUUCAGUGUGUGUAUGGAGACCUGAACGCGUUAGAAUCAAGACCAUUUUCUUGGUUUUGCGAAAGAGCUAUCGUGUCACCAAAAAACUGUUCAGUGGAUGAAAUAAACAGAUACGUGCUUCAGAAUCUUAAAACGGAGUCGCAUAAAUACAAUGCAAUUGACACUGUGGUUGAUGAUAAUGAUAGUGUGCACUACCCUCAUGAGUUUUUAAAUUCACUCAACCCAGCAGGCCUGCCGCCAUAUCAACUUAAUUUAAAAAUUGGUACACCAAUUAUUCUAAUAAGAAAUCUCAAUCCUCCGAAUCUGUGCAAUGGCACACGACUCCAAAUCAAAAAGCUAUUAAAAAAUAUAAUACAAGUCCAAAUUUUUACCGGAGCCGCAGUAGGAAAAUAUGCCCUGAUUCCCCGGAUACCAAUGAUACCAACAGAUCUCCCUUUUCAAUUUAAACGUGUGCAAUUUCCCAUUAAACCAUGCUUUUGUAUGACAAUUAACAAGGCUCAGGGUCAAUCGUUUAAAUUUAUUGGAGUCGACCUUAGGGAAAAUGUCUUCUCUCAUGGUCAGCUUUAUGUUGCUCUUUCCAGGGUAGGCUCAAAAAGCAACCAAUGCAUACUUCUUCCUCGCAGUAAUAUAACUGCAAAUAUUGUUUAUCCGGAGGCUUUGAAAUAAAAAAAUAUUUAUAAUAUGCACAAACAUGAACAAACUCUUUUUUUUCAAGUGUGAAAUCUAAUUAGAUACGGUACGUAUAUACAUAUAAACUAAAAUUAAUAUUAUUGUAGAAAAUAUGCUCAGUCCCAUUGAGAAAUUUUUCAUAUGCUAAUACUAAUAUUCAAAAAAUGUUCGUGGUUACAAUUUGCGAAGCAACGCGAGCACGGG